CACUCCUCUCGCUCCACAUUGUUCUCCGCCGGCGUCUCUCCUCUAAGAUGAAUCUUAGCUGAACGCUAACACUGCACAUACACACCUGGACCGAUCCCUCCAGGAUGAGCAAUAGCUAGGCCCGAGACGAGACGUACAUCAUGGCAGCUCAACGACCCGGGCUCCUACGCGCAUUCCCUCGCAUCCUUUCCCAACAUUCGAUCCGACCACACACCCCGGCAAGGCUACGAGCCGUACCGCUCAGAAUAUGCGCUCAGCGCUACAGUACUGGCGCCGAGUCCAAGCGACCAGCACCGGCGGACCAAUCGCCCGUUCCCGACCAUCCCUCUGAAUCUUCACACCUCAACCCGGCCCCCGACGAUUACUCUCGCUUCAUCUUCCAAGACAAAUGUCGCUCGACGAUAUAUGCAGGCUCCGGCGGAAACGGCUGUGUUUCGUUCCUGCGCGAGAAGUACGUCGAGGAGGGUCCACCGAAUGGCGGCGACGGAGGUAGUGGCGGGAGCAUCUACAUCCAAGCCGUGGAGGGCCUCACCAGUCUGCAUAAGCUUGCUCGAAGGGGGAUUAUCAAGGCCGGUCGAGGUAUCAGCGGGCAGGGCAAGAGCAGGGGUGGUAAACGAGGGGACGAUGUCCUGAUCCAGGUUCCGGUCGGCACUGUGGUCCGUGAGGUGGACAGAUACGACCCGGUCGAGGAGGAGAUACAGCGUCAAAAAAUGGAGGCCAAAAAGGCUGCAGAAGCAGCGAAAGCCGCGAAGGAGGCGGGGAUGGUGGAGGGAGUGGAGGGAGUGGAAGGGUUGGAAGGAUUUGAGGAGGUUGAUGAACUGGAUGAGAUGGGUUUCUCGUCGAUUCGGCACGAUCGCUGGGUUCUCUAUCCCGGCUCUAACCCGUCCGACUUCUUGAUGACCGCGUUCCCGAAGAACCCGCCUCGCAGACAGCACAUCGCGGCGAUGGAACCAAGAGCGCCUAUCUACCUCGACCUUUCACACCAUAUGGAUCAGCCGAUUUUGCUGGCUGCAGGAGCCGUCGGGGGGCUGGGUAAUCCGCACUUUGUGUCUCGUUCCAUCAACCGGCCGAAGUUUGCGUCCAGGGGCGAGGGUGGCAUGCGUUUGGAGCUUGACUUUGAAUUGAAGCUUCUUGCGGAUGUCGGGCUGGUCGGAAAGCCUAAUGCCGGGAAGAGCACUCUGCUUCGUUCGUUGACCAACAGUCGCACGCGAGUCGGGAACUGGGAGUUUACCACACUUGAGCCUAGCAUCGGUACUGUGGUGAUUGAUAACAACAAGGGGAGACCUCUGGUCGAGAUUGAGGGGAAACCCCGGCGCAAGAACUUCACUAUUGCGGAUAUUCCCGGUCUGAUCGAGGGCGCUCAUCUUGACCGUGGCCUGGGCCUGGGAUUCCUACGGCACAUCGAGCGCGCCGGGAUCCUUGCCUUUGUGGUGGAUCUCAGCCGAGGGGACCCCGUCCAGGGCCUUAAGAAUCUAUGGCAUGAGCUUGCCGAAUACGAACGGGUCCGUGAAGUCGAGGAGGCCCUGGCGGAUGAAGAGGCGGAUCCAGAGGAGGAUGACUUGACAUGGACUCCGCCCACGCAUGGCCUGCCUGAACUUCAGUCCGCAGACACCAAGGCCCGGCAUCAUCGCAUCGUGUCCAAGUCCCAGUCCCAAGAAGAGCUUCCUGAGCUCCGCCUUCCGCCGAUUCACACCAAACCGUGGUUCGUCGUGGCCACUAAGGCCGAUCUCCUAGAGACUCAAGAGCACUACAAGGUUCUGCGCGACUACCUCGCCGCUGUCGAAAAGGGAGAAGCUGAGCACCCGGGCGGCCAUGGGGGCGGGUGGAAGAAGAAAGUAUGCGCUGUUCCUGUGAGCGCCAUCCGGGGCCAGGGUGUCGAACGUAUCCCUCGCCUGGUCAUGGAGCUUUUGGAUUAAAGGAGUAUUUGGUUUGUGGUGUACGGGAAAAAAAUAAAGUCUUUGUAAAAUAGGGAGGGCAUAGGGCGGGUGUUGAUGGACUUGGUUUGCUCUUGUGGCUCUCUUGUGUAAAUAAUGACCGGGAAUCUGCCUGCC